UGUAAAACCUUAUUAUUGUCACACAAAUUCCCUACUCCUACUCUUUUGGAUCAUCAAGACAUUCCAUCUUCAAACUUAAGAAUAUUUCUUAAUCUUUUCUUGCCAUCUUCACCCCGCAUCUCUCUCCACAAACAUCUCACUCAAACACACCUCACACACACUUUCUGCAUUCGUCUAUGCAGUCUCACUUGCAUCAACAUCAUCACAUUAACAAUUUUUCAUACAUAUCAUAACCAUAAUCAUAAUCAUAGUCCCUUUUGAAUGCAAAAACUCUUAUGGCAUUGUUUAAGACACGUAACAAUAGGAGAUCAUCAUCACCAUCAUAUGUAUCAACCUUGGUAACAUUAGGAUUUAUAGCACUAUGUGUUUUUGGUGUAUGGAUGCUAAACUCCAACUCUAUGUUUUCAUCUCAAACACAAAGUGACGAAGAGAGCAUCGCCACACGAACGGCCAUUGAUACAUCUGAAAACACGAAUAAUGAUUUCUCUACCACCGAUGAUUCCACGGAAACCACCACCACCACCACCACCAAAACCACUGAAGAGCCGGUAGAAAUCACCACCGUCGUCCCCAAAACCGAAGAGCGAAAGGAGACUCCGACGGCCGUCUACGGAGAUAAUCCUGGUCAUCUACCCGAGGAUGCUAUCAAAUCUGAUGACAAAAAUGUAAACAACGAUGCAAACAAACAACAGAGUGCUGUUAGUGACUCUCAGAUAUCGGAGGAAAGCUCGAUAACACAAAAAGAACAAGUCUCCGCAAUACAAGAAGCUAGUGUAGACAAUGUUGAGAAAGUUUCCGAGCCUGAGAAAGUCCAACAAAGUACCAUUGAAGCCUCCGAAGAAAACAAAAAGGCCGAAGAAGAGAUUACCAAGCCUCAAGACGUUAGGGAAUCUAAGGACGUAAGUGCCGCUGAAAAUCAAGAACAAAACACGGGACAACAACAACAAGAUGUUCCAAGUUUCAACACAGAAGGGUCUAAAAACGACGAAGAUGAAGCAAAUAAAGAACAAUUACGAGAAGACAAAGGCGAGACUGAAGAGCAACAAAGCUCACAAGUCUCUAAGGAAGCAUCAGAGAAAAAAAAUGAAAAGCAAAAUGAAGGUGAAGAAACUGUGAAGCCGAAAGCAGAGAAGAAAGGAGGAAAGGCAAAGAAGGCGUGGUCAACGCAAGCAGAUCAGUCGCAAAAAGAAAAAAAGAGAAAGAAAGGUGAAGAAUCAUCAGGAGGAAGUGAGGAGAAAGUACAAGACCAGAAAUGGAGUCUGUGCAAUGUUACUGCAGGUGCUGAUUAUAUUCCUUGUUUGGACAACGAAAAAGCCAUAAAAAAGUUACGUUCCACAAAACACUUUGAACAUAGAGAAAGGCAUUGUCCUGAGGAAGGGCCUACUUGCCUUGUGUCACUUCCUAAAGGUUACAAAACAUCCAUCAAAUGGCCUAACAGCAGAGAUAAGAUAUGGUACCACAAUGUACCACACGCGAAGCUGGCGGAGGUAAAGGGGCAUCAAAAUUGGGUGAAGCUGACAGGUGAAUUCUUGACAUUCCCAGGAGGUGGAACUCAAUUCAUUCAUGGAGCUCUACACUACAUUGAUUUUCUGCAACAGGCUGAAGCUGGAAUUGCAUGGGGAAAGCACACCAGGGUGAUUUUGGAUGUUGGGUGUGGGGUUGGAAGUUUUGGCGGCUACUUAUUCGAUAGAGAUGUUAUUGCAAUGUCUUUAGCACCGAAAGAUGAGCAUGAAGCACAGGUUCAAUUUGCCCUUGAGAGAGGGAUUCCUGCCAUAUCUGCUGUCAUGGGUUCUCAAAGGCUGCCAUUCCCCAACGGCGUUUUUGAUCUCGUUCAUUGUGCACGUUGCCGAGUACCUUGGCAUGUAGAAGGUGGCAAGCUGCUUUUGGAAUUGAAUCGAGUUUUGAGACCAGGUGGUUAUUUUGCUUGGUCUGCUACUCCUGUAUACCAAAAGCUUGCAGAAGAUGUCCAGAUAUGGAAGGAUAUGACCGCACUAACUAAGGCCAUGUGUUGGGAGCUUGUGACUAUCAACAAGGAUGAACUGAACCAUGUUGGUGCCGCCAUUUAUCGCAAACCCACUUCCAACGAAUGUUACGAGCAAAGAGAGAAAAACGAACCUCCACUAUGCAAGGAUGAUGAUGAUCCAAAUGCUGCCUGGUAUGUACCUCUGCAGGCAUGCUUGCAUAAGGUGCCCGUAAACAAGGUUGAGAGAGGAGCCAAAUGGCCUGAAGUUUGGCCUAAACGGCUGCAAAAAGCCCCAUAUUGGUUAAACAACUCACAGGUGGGGAUCUAUGGAAAACCAGCUUCCAAAGAUUUUGUAGAAGACACUGAACGUUGGAAGAACACUAUCGACGAGUUGAGCAACAUUGGUGUAACUUGGUCUAAUGUGAGAAAUGCCAUGGAUAUGAGAGCUGUCUAUGGAGGGUUUGCAGCAGCUUUGAGGGAACUUCCAAUUUGGGUGUUCAAUAUUGUGAACAUAGAUGCUCCUGACACACUACCAAUAAUCUAUGAGAGGGGUCUUUUUGGGAUAUACCAUGACUGGUGUGAAUCUUUCAGCACAUAUCCACGAACUUACGAUCUACUACAUGCAGAUAAACUUUUCUCAAAGAUAAAAGAGAGGUGCAAAAUUGUUCCUGUUAUUGCAGAGGUGGAUAGAAUAAUGAGACCGGGAGGGACGUUGAUUGUCCGCGAUGAAUCUAGCACCCUUAGCGAAGUUGAAACUUUGUUAAAAUCUCUACAUUGGGAGAUAGUUUACUCUAAAGAACAAGAGAGUUUGCUCUGUGCAAAGAAAGGAACUUGGCGGCCUAAGUCUGUAGCUUCUUCCUCCUGAUAAUUGGUUGACAUUCCCAAUUUAACUUAAGGCUCCUUCUCGGGAAAAGCUGUGAAGAGGCAGUAAUGUGCAUUUGAUCUCUCAUGUCAUCAACCUUCUAUGCCCCAUCAGUUGUCCAGAAAACAGUCGCACUUAAUUUUUUUAAUUUUAUUUUCAUUGCAUAUGUAUCUCAGUUUUCAGUUUAAUUGUCCCGAGAUACAGAGAGAUUCAGAUCACACACGACAGUCGUCAUACAGCGAACACCUACAUGCAGAUUUAGAUUUUAGUUGUCAAUAUAACAUGUCUGGUUCUGUUAUAUAUGUUUAGUUGUUUACAUUAAGCACUAGUAAAUUUCUAAUUCAUUAGGUUACUCAAAACAGAACCGUUCUAUUAAUUUUUUGGUGCAAAAGCAUAAUUAUUCUAUUGAAUAGACGUAGUUUAUAAGACAAGACAAUUCGACAUUGGCUCCUUUGU